AUGGCGACUCCUUUGCAGUUUGCCCCCUUCACAUCCGAGAUUGAGCUGCCAUUCUACUCGGCUCUCUUCGCGUCCAAGCUCGACUAUGACAAGCUCGACGACUCGGCGCGCGGCGUGCUUGGACUGUACGAGCCGCGCGCGGAGCAACCCGAAGCGAGCUGCAAGAUGCAGAUCCUGGGCAAUGCCCUGACGAGCAAAAACGCGCCGCUGGGCAUGGCCAGAGCUGAAGGUAUCAUACGAAACGUGAACACGCUUGAAGAUUUUAAGAAUAUGGACAAGACUGCUAUGCUGAAGACGGCAGGCCGGCAGAUUUGGGAUGCCAUUAAUGAUGGUACAAUCUACUCGGUCCCGUCGCUUCUCUCAUCAUUCGUCAUUCUCUCGUAUGCCGACUUGAAGAAAUAUAAAUUCACAUACUGGUUCGCCUUUCCAGCGCUUCAUUCAGACCCGACGUGGAACCGUUCAGGUCCCACCGAGCGCCUCACACCAGACGAGACAACCGCCCUCGUCGACCGUGUCGGCACAUGGCGCUACUCGGUCGACGGACGCGAGCACGGCUUCUUCCUCGCCAAGAAGGUCCAAGGCCGCGACAGCGCCAGCCACGACGAAUACGCUGAUGAGGUCGAAGAGAUGGAGCCCGACUUUGAAGCAGAGUCGGCUGCCAGAAAACUGCCAUACCACUGGGCCGUCGGGUCGCUGCGACGUUUCGAAGACGGCUUCUUCAACAACGUCCCCGAAGAGGACCAGUACGUCUGCUUCGUCGACUCGUCGACGCACGCCGAGGGUCCGUCAUGGCCGCUGCGCAACCUCCUCGUGCUGAUCCGGCAGCGGUAUCGCCUCAACAAGGUCAAGAUCCUCUGCUACCGGGACACACGCGCGCGGCGGCACGAGGCGCGGAGCAUCAUCCUGCCCCUCCAAACGGACGCGGCGUCCGGCCCGCUCGCGGAGAUGCCCAAGGUGACGGGCUGGGAGCGCUCGCGCAACGGCAAGCUGCAGGCGCAGCAGGCCAACCUGGGCGAGUACAUGGACCCGGCGCGGCUCGCGGACUCGUCAGUGGACCUCAACCUCAAGCUAAUGAAGUGGCGGCUGGCGCCGGACCUCGACCUCGACGGCAUCCAGGGCGCGAAGUGCCUGCUGCUCGGCGCGGGCACGCUCGGCGGCUACGUCGCGCGCAACCUGCUCGGCUGGGGCGUGCGCAAGAUCACCUUUGUCGACUACGGCCGCGUCUCGUACUCGAACCCCGUGCGGCAGCCACUGUUCGAGUUUACCGACUGCAUCAACGGCGGCCGACCCAAGGCCGAGGCGGCCGCGGCCAUGCUCCGCCGCAUCUACCCAGGCGUCGAUGCGCAGGGCCACGCGCUUGCGGUGCCCAUGCUCGGCCACCCGUUCACGGACGAGGCGCGCACGCGUGCGGACCUGGAGCGUCUUGAGGCCCUGAUUGACGCGCACGACGUCAUCUUCCUCCUCAUGGACACGCGCGAGUCUCGCUGGCUGCCGACCGUCAUGGGCAAGGCCGCGGGCAAGAUCGUGAUGAACGCGGCGCUCGGGUUCGACUCGUACGUGGUGAUGCGCCACGGCGCCGAGACCAUGCAGGAGGGGCACCUGCCCCUGGGAUGCUACUUUUGCAACGACGUCGUUGCGCCGGCCGACUCCAUGAAGGACCAGACCCUCGACCAGCAGUGCACCGUGACGCGCCCCGGCGUCGCCGCCAUCGCCUCGGCGCUGCUCGUCGAGAUGCUCGCCAGCCUCUUGCAGCACCCGUUGCGCAACGCGGCGCCCGCGCCCGCGCACCCGGCGUCGGCCGCGGAGCGCGACCCGCCGGACCACCCGCUCGGCCUCGUGCCGCACCAGAUUCGCGGCCACGUGUCGACGUUUGCGAGCCUCGCCCUGCGCGGGCAGAGCUACGACUGCUGCAGCGCCUGCAGCCCGCGCGUGCUCGCGGCGUACCGCGAGGACGGCUGGCGCUUCCUCCGGCGCGCGCUGCAGGAGCGCGACUACGUCGCGGAGCUCUCGGGGCUCGCGGAGGUGCAGCGCCGCGCGGAGGCACUGGCGGGCGACGUCGACUGGGACGAGGAGGACGAGGGCGUGGCGGGGGAUGACGACGGGGAGGGCGAGUUGCUGUGA